AUGUGGCUGGGUCUAGUGGACUCAAAGGGACCUCACAAGGGGGGGGGGGGUGGGGAGAGAAUUCUUCGCGCUGCCAUUGAGAUCCUCGCCGGAGAACCGCCCGACACGCGGCCAGAUAUCGAGUUACUGUUUGACAAGCAGCCUGAGCCAAUCGAUCCCGAGCUUGAUUGCACGACUCACACGCGGUACUGGACAGAUAAGCGCGAGCAUCCCACUGGAUGUGCAUUGUAUCGCUCAUACGUUGGUGGCGAAGCUAGCGACAUGCAGAGGAUUGCCCUGGCGCGCCAAUUCCAUGAGCCUAUUGGUCUCAAACUGAUUACCAUCAAUCGUCUCCCUAGCCACCUGGUGUGGACUCUCACCGCAGCAACAAUAACAACAACCGCGCUCGCAGCCCCAUCCCGCCUCUGGGCAACACACUACAACGGCAAUGUCUACACACUAACCCUCUCCGGUGAUGACUUCGCCAUCACCGACACCCGCAAGACCUGCGGCGACCUGCCAAGCUGGCUAACCUUCGACUCCCACACGCGCACGCUGUACUGCUCCGACGAGAGCGGCACGUCCGACCCCUCGACGCACGGCUCCCUCACGGCGUAUCACGCAGCUCCUAAUGGGGUUCUGCAUGAGCUUGCUACAACAGAGACGAUUGGAGGUGGUGUGAAUAGUGUUAUUUAUGAAGGGGAUAACGGGAGGAAGUUUAUUGCUAUUGCGCAUUACGAAGGCUCCGCCGUAUCAACCUUCGCCCUCCCCCUCCACGCCAAUGCACCCGCGCAGCAAGCCUUCCACUUCAACAUGACACACCCGGGCGCAGUAUCCCAACAAGACGCGCCGCACCCACACGAGGUGAUCCUCGACCCAACAGGAACAUUCCUGAUCAGCCCGGAUCUAGGUAUGGACUUGCUGCACGUGUACGCAAUCAACAGCGCGACGGGCCGUUUAAGCAGCUGCCCAAGCGUGAAGAUACCCUUCGGCAGCGGGCCGCGCCACGGCGUCUUCUGGACUGACGGCACGGGCAAGGAGCCGUGGUGGACACCUGCGCGAGACGGCGAGGCGCGAAGACGCAUGUGGGCGCCUGUCGGGAAGACGAUGAUGUAUCUUGUCAAUGAGAUUGGGGGUACGAUGAUGGUGUUUGAUGUUGCGUAUUCGCGGUCUGGGUGUAUGAGCUUUUACAAGAAACAGACGCUCGUGCCGUACACGGAUGGUAAGAUGCCGGAGGGUGCGACGCCGGCUGAGAUCAGGCAGAUCGGACAUGCGUUUUAUGUUUCUGUUCGGAGUGAUGGCGGGUUCCCUGGGAAGAAUGACUCGAUGGUCACGCUGGACCGCUCGCCGCGCAGUGGACUGGUAUCACUGCGCAAUACAACGCCGGCGCACGGCAAGGUACCGCGUACGUUUGCGAUCAAUCGCGCGGGUGAUCUGGUGGCUAUUGGGAACCAGGCAUCCGCGACGGUAGCCAUCGUGCGGAGGGAUCGGGAGUCUGGGAAUCUGGGUGAGCAGGUUGCCAUCCUACAAGUUGGUGAGCCUGGGAAGGUGGGUACUGCCGAGGGGCUAAGCAGUGUUAUCUGGGAUGAAUAG